CUGCCUGGGUCUGAUUACUGAGCGCGGAAUAAGUGCAGGCAUCAGCUCUGUUUCCCUGUCACAUUCAAAGAGGACGUGAGUGUCGAAAUACAGUUGCCACUCAUACCUACCACAAGAUGUCCUGUACUAAGAUCCAGACCUCGGGAGAGGACCACUGUAAGCUUCCCUGUCAAACAGACAGGCAUGGAUUGCAGAGCAUUGCAAAUCUUGUGUGCUCAGUGGAGGAGAUACCAGAGCCCAUCUCCACACAAGUGAAGGGAACCAUCCCUACCUGGAUUCGAGGGAACUUUCUCCGCAAUGGACCAGGGAAAUUUGAGUUUGGCAAUGAACACUACAACCACUGGUUUGAUGGGAUGGCUCUCAUGCACCAGUUCAAGAUCGAGGAUGGGCAGGUGUCCUACAAGAGCCGAUUCUUGCGCAGCAAUUCGUACAAACAGAACAGCGAACAUGACCGCAUCAUGGUUUCAGAGUUCGGCACGGUGGCCUUGCCUGACCCCUGCAAGAAUAUCUUCCUACGCUUUCUCUCCCGCUUUGAAUGGAUCAAACCAACUGACAAUGCAAGUGUAAGCUUUGUCAAAUACAAAGGCGAUUACUAUGUCAGCACCGAGACCAACUUUAUACACAAGGUGGACCCUGGGACUCUGGAAACUGUUGAGCAGGUGGACUGGAGCAAGUUCAUUGCUGUGAAUGGAGCGACUGCACAUCCACACACUGAUCCUGAUGGCACAGUCUACAACAUGGGCAACUCAUAUGGCCCAAAAGGUACUUUCUACAACAUUAUUUGCGUUCCUCCUGAGCGGGAGACAGCCAAUGACACUCUCCAGGGCGCGAAGGUUCUGUGCUCCAUCCCUCCUACUGACAACAGCCGGCCAUCUUACUACCACAGCUUUGCUAUGUCAGAAAACUAUGUGUUGUUCAUUGAACAGCCUAUUAAAAUGAACGUUUGGAAGAUUCUCACAGCUAAGCUGACAGGAAAGGGUAUUAGUGAUGCCAUCUACUGGGACCCCAAACUUGAGACUAUCCUCCACCUAAUCCACAAACAGACUGGCCAGGUCAGUCCAGUGAAGUACCACACCAAAGCCAUGUCCACCUUCCACCAGAUCAAUGCCUUUGAGCAGGACGGCUUCCUCAUGCUGGACCUGUGUGCCUCAGAUGACGGCCAGGCCAUCAACGUCUACAACCUCCAGAACCUGCGCAAGUCAGGGGAGGCUUUGGACCAGGUGUACAACAAGAUGUCCAGGGCGUUCCCUCGGCGCUUUGUGCUGCCCCUCGACAUCAACAAUGACACACCUAUGAACCAAAACCUCAACACACAGCCCAACAGCACAGCAACAGCCAUGAAAAUCACAAAUGACAAGGUGUUUUGCACCCAUGAGAAUCUCCAUGGCGACGACCUUGAGGAUUUUGGCGGUUUAGAGUUCCCACAGAUAAACUAUAACAGGUGUAACACCAAAGCCUACCGCUACUUCUACGGAUGUGGCUUCAGACACCUGGUUGGGGAUUCCUUACUCAAGAUGGACUUGGAGGGCAAACAGUUAAAGUCCUGGUACCAGGAGGGUCUCUUCCCUUCCGAACCAGUCUUUGUUCCAUCGCCUGAGGCGGUUGACGAGGACGAGGGGGUCAUCCUCUCAGUGGUGCUCACCCCCACUGAGGAUAAAGGAACAUUUUUGCUGGUUCUGGACGCUCAGACCUUUGAGGAGCUGGGCAGGGCUGAAGUACCGGUCAACAUCCCGUAUGGCUUCCAUGGCGCCUUCCACUCGACUGCCUAGACAGGCAGCUGCCACCUUGAUCCAGGGACCAGACAGCACUGGCCAAAGAUUCAACUGUUAAUGAAGGAUUGACAGGAAAACUCAUUCUAUUCCAAGACUGCAGUGUGUCAAGUAAUCAUCUGAAUGAAAACAGUACUUACAUAAUUGUGCCUAUAUGGUGUGUACAUAUGGUAUGUCACCAAACAGGCUUGUGCACAAUCAGAGCACAGUGCAGACUCAACAUCUUUUUUUACACCUCUCUCUCUCUCUCUCUCUCUCUCUCUCUCUCUCUCUCUCUCUCUAUUCCAAGACUGCAGUGUGUCAAGUAAUAAUCUGCAU